AUCAAUAUAUCAAAGACUUGAAUGAAAUUAUAGUAGAAGACCACAACUGAGUCUUCCGAACAUUUCUCAUUCUUUCGUUCUCUCAAUAUACACUAUAGUUGAUUGGCUAAACUAUAUACCAAUGAAAUCACUUUACUAUAGUUUUUCUUUUUCCGUCUUUCACACCGUUCCACGUUUGUUAUUGUUUUAUAUAUAUAUAUUCUCACUCAAUUUACUUUUUUCCUAUCCUGCCUUCGCCGUUUCUAUCUCUAUUUUCUCACUCAUUCAUUGCUCUCGUUAUUCCACUUUUUGUUCCAUUCUGUUCUCUUUCUGCCACUUAUAUUUAUCCUCCCCCCACCUUACUCUCUCACAACUCUACUGCUUCACAUCCCCGCCACUUUAGCUGAGACACGUCAUGACAUGUAGAACAACAACAACACUUAGCAGCGGUACUUCCUACUACUGUGUGUGAGUAGAUCGAUCGUAGCUACGAACGCUGCAAUAGUCACUGUUGUGAUUUCCGGGACUCUGGGAUAAACAAAAGGAAAACUAGCCAAGUAUUGAACUAUAAUCGGCACGUGUUCCAGUAGUUCGUUGUUGGAAAACAGGGAAGUUCGAAUUGUCACGAGAAACUUUAUCCUUCGUCCUUCUUAUAUAUAUAUAUGUGUGUGUGUGUGUGUGUGCACCAAUUAUUGAAGUACGGCCGUGCUGGAGCUCCAUACUAAUUUUUCUGUUCUUCGUUAACGAACGUUUUGAUAUAAAUGCUGAAACGAAAAUUACAACAUAAAUGAAAAUGAAUUUAUUUUAGACAAUAAGAAAUUUGUUUUCAUCUUGGUGAACAGUCAAUAUAAAUAACAACAAUAUCAUCGAAAAAAGUCCAUUCAAAACUAUUUGAACUCGCUAAGAAGAGGAAACUAAAGCAGAAGUAAGAAGCCAGGAAGUGGAAUGUUUUCCCAUUUACUUCGCACAACUUUGUGUUCAAUGAUGAAAAUAUGCUGAAGUGUGCAGUUAGAGAUUAUGAAUCUAAUGAGCUAUGUGACAUCUAUUCUUUACACGAGCUGACUGCAGAAAUGGAUUGGAAGUGACCACACCGGACAAUGUAUGCUAUCUGUUGAUCCGUUCACCGCUGUCGAAAUGAAGAACUGUAGAAUCGCUAAUUUCAAUGGAAGGAUUUCCAAAUGUUCGGAGUAUCAGAGAUGACAAGAUGGUCAGGUUGGAAAUUACCUAAAUACUAAAGAGUAAAAAGAAUACGCACGCUUUAAGUGCGGAAAUCUUACACAAUCUCGAAAACCUGUUUUCAUUGUUACCCACUUAACGCCAUCCACUACUUCGUAGGUAAUAAGUUUCGUGUUAUUGGGGAUACUUGCUAAAAACGUCUGCCAGUAGUCAUAUGCUUGUCCCAAAGCUUAAACCAUGCAACUGUACUUGUAUUAAUAUUAUCUUUGGAAUCGUAAAAAAUCUGUUGCCGAAUAGUUAAAUAGUUAAUUCCAGCACAAAUUGUUGAUCUGAUCCAAUCUUCGAUUAUAGCAGGUGUUUAUAUAUAUAUAUAGUUUUACACUCCACAAUUAUUUUUACAUACCAUUCUCUUAUUAAUUAUCAAUAGUUAUAUCAUUGUAUAUUAUAUUAUAACUAUUACUACUAUAAAUUAAAGAAAACGUUAAGGCAAAUCCCAUGUGUAUUCCUUCUUUACUUGCGGAUUAGCUUGUCAAACUAUUUAUUACCUGUUAGAAACAACACGUUGACAAAUAGCCCUUUAAAUACUUCAUAAUUAUUAAGGGUUUAAUGUGAUUACUUUUCGAAUAUGAUUAUGUUUCACGCAUAAGAUAUAUUUAACGUAUCAACAAUGGUUGAAAAUUUAUUUAGUUGAUUUUAUAUGUAACUGCGCUCGUCAUAUAUAUAUAUAUAUAUAUAUAUAUAUAUAUAUAUAUUUUACCAAUAUGUGUUUAAUGAACUUUUUCUCGCGUCUUCUUCUAAGCUCAUCUCCUCGGCGCACCAAUCGCCGUAUUGUCCCCAAUCACACUAUAAACAUACGUCUUUCCGAUAAAGACCACCCCAAUCAUGCUUAUAAAACCAACAAAAUAAAAACUACCAAAUAUAGCAUUUUAACGUUUUUACCUAAAAAUCUUUUUGAACAGUUCCACCGUUUGGCUAACAUUUUUUUCAUAUUUGUGGUGAUUCUAAAUUGGAUUCCACAGGUACAGGCUUUCGGUAAAGAAAUAGCCAUGGUACCUGUGAUAUUUGUUCUUGGAGUAACUGCUGUUAAAGACAUAUUUGAAGAUUUCCGGAGAGGAUUAUCAGACAGACAGAUCAACCAGAACACGUGUCGAGUUUUGGGGAAAAACAAAGCAUAUAUGAAGACACCUUGGCAUGCCGUUCGUGUUGGAGACUUAGUACAUUUGUCGUGCAAUGAAGUCAUUCCUGCUGACAUUUUGUUGUUAAGGUCUAGUGAUUCAUCUGGCCUUUGUCACAUAGAAACAAGCAAUGUUGAUGGGGAAAACAACCUUAAACAAAGAUUCUGUGUACAAGUCAAUAAAAAACAGAGGAAAUAUAACCUAACAGAGUUUAGAGAAACGGUGAUAUGUGAUUUACCAAAUGUAGAUAUUUACAGAUUUAAUGGAUUCAUCCCUCUAAAUGAUGAUACCAAGAUUCCUCUCAGCAACAGUAACAUCCUUCUUCGAGGUUGUGUUUUACAGAAUACAGAUUUUGUGGACGGAUUAGUAAUAUAUGCAGGUCAUGACACAAAAGCUAUGCUCAAUAACAGAGGACCCAGAUACAAGAGAAGCAAACUGGAAUGUAAAAUAAACCGGGAUAUUGUUUGGUGUGCCCUACUGUUGAUUUUUCUCUGUGUCUUCUGUGCAGCUGCUUCUGUGAUUUGGUUGAAUAAGUAUGUCAACCCUGAAAAUAUACCAUUUGUACCAUAUGGAGACAGCGCACAAUAUAACUUGGGCCUCAGAGCUUUAAUUGAGUUUUCCAAAUACAUUAUUAUUUUCCAGGCUGUUAUACCACUUCCACUUUAUGUGUCAAUAGAGAUUGUGAAGCUGGGUCAUGUGUUCUUCAUCAAUCAGGACUUAAAUUUAUACCAUGAAGGAACAGGAAAACCAUUUGAAUGCCGAGCACUGAAUAUUGCUGAGGAUCUUGGACAAGUAGACUACAUAUUUUCUGAUAAGACUGGAACUCUGACAGAGAAUAAAAUGGUAUUUAUGUGCUGCUCAAUCGGAGGAGUUGAUUUCCCCCACAAACCCAUUGAAGAAAACCUGGAUAUUGAAGAUCAUGCUAGACAAUCUUUUUCAAAUAUGAGUCGCACCAGCUCAGUCCUCACCGAAAGUGGUCUUGAACAACAACUGCUAUAUAUGCUGGCUUCUCAACAUACCAGCAGCCUUGGUACCCAGCCAGACAUCCCUGCAGACAUACAAUGUGUACAUGAGUUCUUCUUGCUGCUAGCCAUCUGCAACACUGUUGUUGUCUCAAACCACCCUCAUGAAGAUAAGUUGAAUGAUGCAGGUUUCAUGCCUGCUUCUUACUAUGAUGCUUCAUUGAAUGGUAGUCUACCAAAUUCUCCAACAUUCAAGAAAUCUGAAAGCCAGAAGACAAUGUUUAGCAUCAUUGACCUUCAGAGUUCCUCAACAUCACUAGAGGCAAGUGUGGCUGGCUCUGAAUAUUCUUUUGAUAGAAAAAUAUGUUAUGAAGCAGAGAGUCCUGAUGAACUAGCUCUUGUGAGAGCUGCCAAGAGCUAUGGGUGUCAACUUCUAAAGAGAUCCAAGGAUUUUGUUCAUGUUUUUCUGCCAGGUCAGGGUGAUGUCACAUUGAAGAUCCUACAUGUUUUACAAUUUGAUUCCGACCGCAAGAGAAUGUCUGUGAUAGUGGAACAUCCAGCCAGUGGUGAGAUUAUCUUAUACACUAAGGGAGCUGAUUGUUCAAUUCUGGAGCGUUUAAAUUCUACCUAUCAUGAGGAGCCUGAAGCCAAGAAGAUUCUACAGAACACCUCUGACCACAUCAUCCAGUAUGCUCUUCAGGGUCUGAGGACAUUGUGUAUGGCAAAACGGGUUAUUGGUAGGGCAGAGUAUGAAACAUGGCAACAAUCAUAUAAUGUUGCACAGGCAGCUCUUGAAAACAAGGAUGAGCUUUUGAAAAACUCAGCAGAUGAUAUUGAAAAAGAUUUUGAGCUUCUAGGUGCAACUGGUAUUGAAGAUACACUGCAAGAUGGAGUUCCUGACACAGUUGCCACUCUUCGAAAAGCAGGAAUCAAAAUUUGGGUGCUCACUGGUGAUAAACAGGAAACAGCAGUACAGGUUGCUUAUUCUACAAAACUCUUCUCAACCAAUCAGCAGGUUCUCUAUUUGAGUUGUUCUGACAUGAGAAGCACCCAAGAACGUAUGACUGAAUACCUAAAGCAAAUACAUCUUGACCAGUCCAGGGAAGUUGGUUUAAUAAUUGAUGGCAGCACUUUGUCUUUUGCUCUGGAGAAAUCAUGCCAAGAUUGUUUUCUCGAGCUUGUGGUUCACUGUAACUCUGUAGUUUGUUGUAGAGUGACGCCACUUCAAAAGGGUGCAGUUGUGCGCAUUGUCAGAGACAACCUCAAGAAAUUGACUCUUGCUGUUGGUGAUGGUGCCAACGAUGUGAAUAUGAUUCAGACUGCUGACAUCGGUAUUGGUAUUUCUGGUCAAGAAGGCAUGCAAGCAGUAAUGUCAUCAGACUUUUCUAUUGCAAGGUUCCGAUUUUUGAAACGUCUCCUCCUUGUCCAUGGACAUUGGUGCUAUCAUCGCUUUGCUCAUUUCCUUUCUUUUAUGUUCUAUAAGAAUCUGAUUUCCACAUUUGUUCUCUUCUGGUUCCAAAUUUUCAGUGGUUAUUCUGGCUCCAUGCAACUUGGUGGUAUAUUUCUAAUGCUAGAACAUGUCUUGUUUACAUCACUUCCACCACUUCUUAAUGGAAUUCUUGACAAGGAUCUAUCUGCUGAAACUCUGUAUGAAAAUCCUGAACUUUACAAACAGGGACCAAGUGGGGAACUCUACACAAAAUGGUCAUUUUUUGGCAUCCUGCUUGAUUCCCUCUUCCAGAGUAUUGCAUUAUAUUUCAUUCCACAUUUGGCUUACUUUGACAGUAAUACAGGAAUUUGGGAGUUUGGUACAACGAUGAUGGUGAUCCUCAUUUUAAUCAUCUAUCUACAUCUUGGUAUUGAGACAUAUUCAUGGACAUGGAUCCAAUGGUUUCUAAUGGUGAUAAACUUUCUCUUCUUUUGGUGCUGUAUGAUUGUGGUGCAUGCUUUCUGUUUAGAUUGUGAACACCCUGGUAAUCCUUAUUGGGUCAUGGAAAACACAUUGGCCAAACCAACUCAUGUCUUGAUUGUUGUGAUUACCUCAGUUAUUGCUUUAAUUCCCAGGUUCUUAUACCGAGUCUUUCAGUGGACAUUUUGGCCUAAUGAUGUGAUGAGUAUGACGAAAAAGAUAAAACUUCAAAACCAAGAAUUGACAUCAGAAGAUAGUUUAGAUAUGACAGAAACCACUCCACCAUCCGGUUUCAAGCGGAAUAGGAUUUGGACAACAAAUACUAGGGAACCACAACAAGUAUAUCGGCGUCAGACAAGCAGUGAACACAUAUCACAUCCAUCAAUUUUUAGCUGACAUCUUCAUGUUCAUGUUUUCUGUAGAGUUGUUCAUUUUUAUUUUUUUAUACAUUCAUACUCAGUGGUUAGGCCGGACGUAAGGAGAAGAGGAGUGAGAUUGAUUGUAUGUGUGUAUGUUGACCUCUUCUUUUGUAGAGGCAUUCAAAUUCUUUUACAACCUUUCAUUUCAUGAAACUUUUACCUUCAGUAUAAUUUUUAUAAGUCCAAUGCCCUGAAGGAUCACAGAGAAGUGAAUGAUGCUGUAAAAGGUUUUGAAAUAUACACACAAACACACAUAAUGGUAUAAUUAUUGCAACAGAAAAUGCAUGAACGUUUUUAAGGGUCAAAAUAUUGACCCACCCCAGUAAAAUAUUUUUACAUAUCAUGACUUGGUUACUGCAAUUAAUGUCAUCUACAUCAACAAUGCUGUGACAAGAAAAGACAAUUUCCUUUUUCCGUGUUACUUUGUACUCAGAUAGUCAAUGACAACUCCACUGUCCAAAUGUUUACAAUGUUCUAUGUACAAUUUUAUCAACUUUAAAUAAGCUGAGUCUUUCCUUUUAAUGUCAUGACUGCUUUGAAAAUUGUCUGGAACCAAAGGACAUCAUGAGGAAAUUGUCUUUUUCUUCUUUUUUUUUUCUGAAUGUGAAUGGGUGAUUAUUAGAUAUACUAAGUGACUGUAAAUGUUUUUUGAUGUGUUUUAUUUUUUUAUUUCCAAUGUGAAUCUUUAAAUAAAACAAAAAAUUAUUUUUGUAA